GAAUUCGAUAUCCAAGCUGUCUGCAUAUAUCGAAGGAAAACAAAAGAGGAGACAAUACCUUACUAAUCGAACCUAACAUGACGGUAAUAAUGCAUAAUUCAGUAAUCCAUUUAUUGAUUGUUCAUUCAUAAAAUACUAGGAAGAAAAAAAUGAUGAUAAUGUUCGAGUCAUAGUGAGAUGCCGACCAUUGAAUGAUACUGAAAUAAAAAAUGGAAAUCAUAUGACAGUUAAGAUUGACUCUGUUCGAGGAACUUUAAAUCUAACAAAUCCAAACUCUCCUUCUAAUGAACCGCCAAAGACUUUUACAUUUGAUACCGUCUUUGGUCCGGAUUGUAAACAAGUGGAUAUAUAUAAUACUUGCGCUAGACCUAUUGUUGAAAGCGUUCUAGAAGGUUAUAAUGGAACAAUAUUUGCUUAUGGUCAGACUGGAACUGGUAAAACCUUUACAAUGGAGGGAAUUCGUACAGUCCCGGAAAAAAGAGGCAUUAUACCAAAUUCUUUUGCUCAUAUAUUUGGUGCUAUUUCAAAAGCUGAAGGCAGUAUAAAGUUCUUAGUGAGAGUUUCCUAUUUGGAAAUAUACAACGAAGAAGUACGUGACUUACUGGGAAAAGAUCAGAAUUUCAGGCUAGAAGUAAAAGAACGUCCUGAUAUUGGUGUAUAUGUUAAAGAUUUGUCAAUGUAUGUAGUAAACAAUGCCGAUGAUAUGGAUCGAAUUAUGACAAUGGGAAACAAAAAUAGGGCCGUUGGAUCGACCAAUAUGAAUCUUCACAGUUCAAGAUCACACGCUAUAUUUACAGUAACAAUAGAGUGCAGUGAAUUAGGUGCCGAUAAAGAACAGCACGUACGAGCUGGAAAACUUCAUCUUGUAGAUCUUGCAGGCUCAGAAAGACAAUCAAAAACAGGUGCAACUGGGCAAAGGUUGAAAGAAGCAACGAAAAUAAACUUGUCUUUAUCUACACUUGGAAAUGUUAUUUCCGCCCUAGUUGAUGGUAGAAGCACUCAUAUUCCAUACAGAAAUUCCAAAUUAACAAGACUACUGCAAGAUUCUUUGGGUGGCAAUAGUAAGACAGUAAUGAUUGCUAACAUGGGACCUGCCGAUUACAAUUACGACGAAUCAUUAUCAACGCUAAGAUACGCCAAUCGAGCUAAGAAUAUUAAAAACAAGGCAAGAAUUAACGAAGAUCCUAAAGAUGCUCUAUUAAGACAAUUUCAACAAGAAAUUGAAACAUUACGUAAACAAUUGGAAGAUGGUGGUGGUAGAGAGUUUGGAAGUGGUGAAUCUGCUUCAGAGUAUGAAACCGAGUCCGACGGUGAAGGUGGAGAGAGAAGAGUAAAGAAAAAGAAAACAGGCAUUAAGGGUCUUUCCAAAGAGAAGAUGGUACUUAUUCAACGACAAAUAGAUGCAGAUAGAAAAAAACUUGAGGAGCAAAAAGAUAUGGCUAUUGAGGAGAAAUCGAAAAUUGAACACGACUUGAAUGAAAAAGAACGAGAACUUAUGAAAGCAGAGGAAGAACAAAAGAACAUCAAAGAUAAAUUGGCUCAGAUUGAAAAGAAGAUUAUUGUAGGAGGUGAGAAUCUUUUAGAGAAAGCUGAAGAACAAGAAAGAUUAUUAGAAGAGAGUGCUAAAGAACUAGAAAGACGAACUGCUAAACAAAGUCAAUUAAGAAAGCAGCUUGAGGAGAAGGAGCAAGAAAGAUUGGAUAUUGAAGAGAAAUAUUCUAAUCUUCAAGAAGAGGCUGCAGGAAAAACUAAAAAGUUAAAGAAAGUUUGGACAAUGUUUAUGCAAGCUAAGACAGAGAUAACCGACUUGCAGCAAGAACAUCAAAGAGAGAUGGAAGGUUUAUUAGAGAAUGUCAGACAAUUAAGCAGAGAGUUACGACUGCAAUUUCUCAUAAUUGACAAUUUUAUUCCGCCUGAAUAUCAAGAGAUGAUUGAACAGUUUAUGAUAUGGAAUGAUGAUUUAGGUGAAUGGCAAUUGAAAUGCGUUGCUUAUACAGGAAAUAACAUGAGGAAAUCAUCACCCCAACCCGAUAGAAAUGGUGACAGAUUGACAAACACAGAUCUCUCGAAUGUUUACAUGGCUUAUACAGCAGAGACUGCUGAAGAAGCCUAUAGAAAGAAUGAAGGUAAAGGAUCCAGGGCAAAAAUUGCAAAUAGACCUAAAACGAGUAAGAAAAAAAGAAGAGAAAGACAUCCGGAACCUACUUUUGAUUAAGAAGAAAACAUAUAUUAUGUUGUAAUUUAUGAAAAUUUAGUGUUCACUUGAUGUUUCUGUCUCAAUUAAUGCCAAAAAUUUUCUUUAACAUUUACUCUUUUUUUAUAUUACACUAUUUAUUACACUGCGAAUAAUAUUAUUAUAUAAUUCUACAACUAUUCGAACAAAUGGGGAGAUAGAGAGGGAGACAGGGAGGCGGGGGGAGGGGGGAGAGCAAGAUAGAAGAAGGGAGUAACAACGAAAACAACGUGUAAAAACAAAAAAACAAGAAGAAAUUAAAGCUUUGAUACUAAUCAAUAACAAUGCAAAUGAUUAAACUGUGAGCUAAAUCCUAACAAACAAUUGUAAACUGAUUGAUUAUAAAUAAAAAAGAACUUGAGCUUAAUUAUCCUAUACCGGCUGAUAAUUUGUUUAAUAAGAUAAACUCCAAUCUGUG